CAAAGGUUUCAUUUUUAUAUUUAUAAUUUCGGUCACAAAACAUUGUUCGUACACUUGCUGCUAGUUAGUGCCGUAGUAAAGUUCCGGCCCCUAAAUUUUAAAAUUGUAAUUGAAUUUUCUGCGAUUUAUUCAUUGUGAAAUUAUAAUGGUUGUUCCAGUUGAUGUUCCAAAUUCGACUGACCAGGAAUUACACAUUCAGUUAAGAAAUACUUUUUUGGAAAAUUUAAAUUCUAAUGGCAAUUAUGAUGAUUAUGAAGAAUGUGAUCUUGAGAGAAUUAGAAAUGAUGAUAAAUACUGCAAUAGAUUUAUCUUACACAAAAAGGGAAAUCUAUCAGAAGCUUUGGAAAUGGCGGAUGAAGCUUUAAGGUGGAGAAAAUCAUUUGGUGUGAAAGAUGUUAACAUGGGAGUUUUACCUUUGGAAUUCUUCCAGGCCAAAGCAGUUUUUCCUUACAAUAAAGACAAGGAAGGGAAUCCAAUAAUUAUGAUCCUUGUGAGAUAUCACAAAAAAGCCCCAGAUUUUGCUAAGGAGCUUAGGCGAUUUGUUAUCUACUGGGUAGAAGAAAUGGAAGCACAAACUAAAGGUGGACAAAUGUCUGUCAUAAUGAGCUGUGCUGGAGCUGGAUUAAGCAAUCUCGAUUUGGAUCUUAUUAAAUUCUUAAUAACUCUAUUUAGGUCUUAUUAUCCUAACAGUUUAGCUCACAUUCUUAUUUUUGAAAUGCCUUGGAUAUUGCAACCUGCCUGGAAAAUUAUAAAAGCUUGGCUUCCUGAAGAUUUUGUUGAUAAAAUUGUUUUUGUAAAUAAAACCUCUAUUCAGGAUUUUGUAACUGCUGAUAAUCUUCCAGUAGAAAUGGGUGGAACUGAUACUAAAGAGUACCAACCUCCUACCGAAGAAGAUAUGAAGAAUGCUAGAAAUAAAACUGAAGCUAAAAGAGUUCAUUUCUCACAUAACCCUGAAUCAUUAAGCAGUAUUCUAGGUAUCGCGACUGAAAAUGGUAUUGAGCCAAAACCAAGUCAAGUUGUUAUUACUGAUGACUAUACUGUUAUUGGAGGAAUAAUGAAAAUAAAUCCAGCUACUCAUUUGCAUUUCAACAGAUCAUCCGAAAAUGCAACUAAUGAUGUAGUGAUAAAGUUAUCAAAUGUUUCUGAAAAACCCAUUACAUUCAAGGUAAAAACUAACAACAUUGAAAGCUAUCGAGUAAAACCAUCAUUGGGAAUUAUCAGGCCUGGUGAAAGUAUCGAAAUCAGUGUCAUUCUUCUAACAGGUUUCCUGCCACAAACGACUGAUAAAUUUUUAAUAAUGGCCAUGGAAAUCUCGGAUCCAACUCUUUCUACACCAAAUUUGAAUACAUUGUGGAAAUCUUCUAAUCCAGAACGAAUAGCUGAUCAUAAACUGAAAUGUGUGCUGAAGAAGGAUGAAGAGCCUUCCAUUAAAGAAGAAUCAGAAAUUGAAAAAUCUCUGAAAAACCUUAAUAAUGUCAUUUCUAACCUUGAAACAAAGAUUCAAACUUUGGAUGCCCAGCAAAAUUCAAUUAUUUUCAGACAGACUAUGCAGCUGUGUCUUACAGUAUUGUUUAUGGCCAUAUUUUUAGGCCAUAUAUUUUUGCACUCAGACUCUUUUUGGCCUUCCAUAUUGGAUAAAUAUUUUUGAAUCAUUGUUCCCAAUUAUUUUUAUAUAUUUGUACACUAAGAUUUCAUGUUAAAAUGAUAAAUCUCUGAUUAUUUGUUUUGCCUUUAUGUGUUUUUGUAAUUUGUGUGUAAAUAGCCCAUAUACCUUCUAGUUAAAAUCACAAAUGAAAUUGACAGAUCUAUCAGGGAUUAAGGUUACAUUCGUUUAAUAUUCCUUCUCUGUUAAGAAUUGCAUGGCAAUUCUGUAUUUGUAAGUAAUUUGUAUCAAAUUUUUGAGAGCUUUUGAAUGACUUCCAAUAAUUUAUUGUUUUGAUAACUAUCACAGACAUGCCUUGUACAGUGUACCGUAUUACAGGAUUUUGGUUAAUGAACUGUUAUUUUAGACAGUUUGCUCUGCUAAUUAUUUCUCACUAGUUUUAAUGGCAUCUUCUGAUAUUAGAUUAAUUUAUUUGUUUAGUAUUUUUUAAAGACCAAUUUUGUUGUGUGUUUGUUAUGUACUUGGCAGUGCCUUUACAUUUGUACUUUACAAAUUUUUACCUGUUUGUUAAUAUGUAGUUGUCUCAGAGUUAUUUUUUAUACUUAUGUAAUUUUGAAAUAUAUACUGGAAUGUGAAGUUUGGAUAUUUGUCUUUAAAAAAUCUCAUUAAAUAUUUGCGAUAAGCUUUUACUGUUUUUAUACUGAUUUCUAUUAUAUUACAAUAAAGGUAUUUUUGCAGA